UUCGGGUAAUACCGAAUCCGGCUUUUAUUUUUCGUUUUGUUAUUGAUGUUUUUGUCGGUCUAAACGAACGUCGUGAUGUGUAGUGUAGGUGUACUUAAACAUGUCAAUAGCUACUGUUGCCGCGAGCAGUUACAAUAUUAAUUAAUAACGCUACAUAAUUUGCCGACGAUGGAAGAUCUACUUAUACAAAUAUCGAAAGACGCGGCCAACGCGAAAUUCAACCAACUCAGCCAGUCUGCUACCGAAGCAUAUGUAUUUUUAGAUAAGCAGCAAGGUACGUUGCGCGAUCCGGCCUACGAACUCAGAGCGAAAUGUUUAGACGUUUUCAAACAAGCGUUUGAAACCAAAAAGAGUAAACUGGUUGCUCAUGCAUUAUCCGGACUCAAUAAAAUACUACGAGACGAUAGGUUUCAGUCAAAUUUUGAACCCGAAGACGAUUCCCUAUGGUUGCCGUCUCAAAUGUUACACACAAUCAGCUCUAUUUUAACACAGUCGGAUGAUACACAAAUUGAUAUGUUGAAGGUGUUUUUAAACGUCGCCUGUUCGUCGUAUUGGACUAUGAACGGUCGCAUUAUAAUUCAAAUACUUACGCUUUCGUGUGAAGUCUAUGAAAACGGCAAUCAAGGAAUCCAGUCGGCCGCCCAAGCAGCUGUUAGCCAGACGCUAAGAUACUUUUGUAAUUAUUUAGACGAAGAAUGUGAAGAAUUGAAUAAAAUUAAGGACAACAGCGCUGGUGGCGUGUUAUGUUUCAACGAAGUUCUGCCGAUUAUGCAAUUUAUCGUCAGCAAAAUUGACGAGACCCAAAAUGGCGAUCGAUGUAGUCGAGCCGUCGUGUUUUACCUCGAGUGUUUGCAUACCCUGGCAGCCAGCUUACCACAAAAAGUUCACGAUAACCGUCAUUUCACUAUGUUUCUGUGGCAGCGAUUGUGUCCAGCUCUCAUUGCGUUUUUGGGCUCGCCCCGAGUAGACAAAAAGAUUGUCUCUAGGGACGAUGAAAACGGUAAAAAAAUGGGCAGAGGAUCGGGGGUCUUGGGAAGCGCGCCCGGCUUCAACAGCAAUCGGUCCAAGACCGUUUACAGUAUUGGAAGUCAGUUAGUAAGAUUAGUCGGAUGUGUGAGUUCUCUCAGACCAGUCUUGGAGUCGGUCUUCCAUAGAAUGCUAUUGUAUCCGCCGCCCAUCUAUAGAAUAGACGCUUUAAAAGCUUUGCGAGAGUUACUAAGCAGUCCGAACAGAGUUGUAGAUUUUGCGGCACCCAUACUAAUUGAAGACGACAAAGAUGAUAAAGUAUGUCAACAGAGCGACAUGGCCUUAAUCCGUUUAACGAUGGACUCGAUAGAAGAAUGUGCCAAAUGUGCAGAUUGGGAAAUCAUUUCGACAAGCGUGUCUUGCAUUGUUUCCUUGUUGACGACGCUUCUGGAAAUAUCAACAGGUAAAGGAAUUAACGAUCUGUACGUCGACAGAAUAAACGAAGAAUUCAAGUCGUUAUCGGAUUGCGAUUACACGGGUCCACUUACUUAUGAAUUGAUGAUGCGACUACCAAACAUUUAUAUGGAACAAUGUUCGUCGGAUACGUCUUCGGAACAUCACCAAAGUCGAACUUACAGUACGAGCAGUAGCAGUGGCGUACCAAGUAGCGGCAACACCGAAGGACCAGAAGGCGGAUACCAAAAUGAUCCACAGAUAGACGAAAUGGAAGCGGAAGCUGAAGAAAAGUUUAAGGAAGAAGUACAUCAUAUGGAACAAGUGGUGCAGAAAUUAAAUAUGUUGAACAUUAUUCAAGUGGCACCGGAAACGGUCGAAGCUUUGGAUUUGGAAAGAAGCAACGCCAUUAAUUUUGUCCAAACCCUAACGGAUUUUUUGCCAACUUUAUUGCCGCUUCGAAGUACAUUGCAAGUGGACGAAGAGAUUCAGAGAUUCGCUUCGAAUUAUUGCGACGAGAUAUUAAACCGAGACUGCAAAACGGAGAGUUCAAUAAUAAUAAACGCCGAUGGUGUAUACGUAGCCACUUGUGUGUCGCUUUAUCUUAAUCUGAAAUUGAUUCAUCAACACUACUACGAAGAUCCCAACAUAAUACCUAUUAUGUCCGAAGAACAAUUUGUAGAGGAAGUUUACAGCAGUGGCAUGUUGAUGUACGUGUCCACUAGUUGGUUGGCCGAGCUUUACCAACGUAUCCUAGUUACCAACGUACUGGUGUCGGCCGGUUACGAGAUACAGACGACCGGCCAUCUGGCGCUAAUUGAUCUGUUGACAGAUAUCGACGGGCACAGUUCUGAAAAUAAAGUGAAUUGGCUGCUGUCCGACUGUCUCCGAUUGGAACGCACUAUUUGCAGAAACGAAACGAGUCCUGAUAUUGAAGCCGGUAUAAAAUUAAGCAGACGUAUUUUGACUUGCUGCUGGGACACCAUGAUGAAUGUCUUGGCCGUCCCGCUCCAAUGUGAUUUUAUUAACGAUACAAAAAAUCUUCAAAUGAGAAAACUGUUGCGAAGUGAAAUCAAUAAAGAUAUCACGCGUCAGAUGUCUGUACAACAUAGUCUAGACGCGUUACAAAAAGCCGCUACUCUCGCCAAUAUAGUCGGUAUGCACAAUCGUUGCGAAGGGAUUUUUUCUCUGCUCGUAACAGCCUCUUGCACGCAAAAAGGUCCCGCCAACUGGUUGUCGGGUAUGAUGAAAAAACAACCUAAGUUGAUUACUUCGCACGUUCUAAGCAUGGACGUAAUGUUGUCACGAGGAUUGGAAUUCGGAUGCCACGGCCAAGAGUGUUGGCCUCACAUUUUCAAUUGUGCCUUGUAUGUCGGCUACUUGGAGCAUAUAUUUUUUCGCCAGACGUGUUCACCUGUAACAUCGCUGUCGACCAAGAGCAAACCCAAAAUAUCGGGGUCCGAAAAUUUGCGUAAAAAUUUUGGCACGUCCUUGGACAGCGACGAAGAAGUUUGCAUGGACGUUUAUAGUUUUCUAUCGUCGCCGACUUCUCCUACGAAUAUGACCGAGUCCAUCGCUUCUCUGGUGAACAAAAGCAGGGCCGAUGUUGACACCAACGGAGUACUUAGCCAAGAAUACGCGGCCCGGGUCGUUUGUGUUCUGUCCCAAUAUGUAGACCGACUUUUCGAAGACGCUGCUUUAAAGUUGAACCUGACGGCGUUAAUCGAAUUUGUGCGUAGUUUAAGUCAGACCGUUCGACACGAAUUGUUCAAAACGUCCGAUCUGAAAAGUCCAAAACCUAACGACAAUAACGCCACGCUUUUGUCGCGGUUAUCUCGACUGAUGUUGAGAUGCAUCAAAAGCGGCCGUCCGUUGUUCCACAUGAUAAAAGUUUGGUCGGUCGUGUCGCCGUGUUUUAUGGAAGUCUCGUGUCAUAAAGAUUUAUUGUUGUCCAAACAAGCGAUAGACUCUAUUCACGAUACGGUUUUGUCUUUCCUCAACGAUCAACCGGAGCUGCCUCAUUUCCACAUCAACGAACUGCUGUUCAAACCUUUUGAAAAUCUUUUAUGUUUGGAACUGUGCGACGUCGAAAUCCAAGAUCAGAUCGUCAGCAGCUUGUGUGAGUUUGUCGAAGGUAACCGUUCCGAUAUUCGAUCGGGAUGGAGACCUCUUUUCGGCGCGUUAAAAGUAGUCAACAGCAGUCAUUUGUCGUCGCUUUUAGAAGUAUUUCGAGUCUUCCUCGACACUGACGAUACAUUAGCUUUUUCCAAUGCAGCAGUCGACUGUAUCGCUUGUCUCGUCAAACACGUUCAGGGAAACAAUUUUGAUAAGUCCGACGGUGAAAGAAAACUAGAGUUGUGUAAAGCCGCACUCAGUCAUUUGCGACACUGCAGUUUAAUAUUGAAGUCGAUGUACGUAAUGCCCGCUUGUCCGGCAUUUCAUGUACCCAAUCGAAACCACGUUUUCACUUUAGCGGACACUGACGUUGCCGAGAUUAAUUGCAUUGACAGUGGUUACAAACAGUUAUCCUUUAACGAUCCAAACGAAGCACCAAUGCUUUUGGAAGAAAUCGAUCAGCCCUGCGGUUUAUUAAGAGUGUGGUAUUGUAUUGUCGAAGGACUGUGCACUGCAGUCAUGGGUACGACCGGUAUAUACCAGCGGCAAAGUCUCGAAUUGCUCCUCGACAUGCUCAAGUUGCUUCCCGAGCUGCCUGGUUUUACGUUCGGUUGUUUUUGCAUCAAUCGAUUACUACUGCCAACUAUUCAAACAUGGUCGCGUAAAAUCGUAUCGACUCAAAACUUCAACGACAUACUCAAUUUCAAACAGCUGUGCGGCAACUCGACAGACUUGAUUGUGACGUACCUCAGAAUGGAGAAAAACUAUGAUCCGAAAUUCGAAAAAGAAGUCACGCUCGUGAUCAAACAGUUAUUGUUUGUGUUGAACGAAUUUUGCGUACAAGCCGUCGAGUGCGUCGUGCGAUUGGGCUGUGCGUGUUUAAGACAUUUUGUCUUUGGCGCUGGUGAAUAUUUCACAGAAAGCCAAUGGGACUUGAUCAGCUGUGGUUUGCACAGGGCGUGUGCCCUAUCUUUGUAUCCUCUAACUCGAGUAUCGAUGACGUACAGACCGUUCUCCGAUAGUUUUUACGGCGACUUGGCAGCCGGAAUUAAAGUGGCCGCCAGACGAGACAGCACGAUCGACGAAAACUUACACUUAAAGCAUCUAUCGCAACAAGUGUUUCUGCUAGACCAUCAGAGGAUGAAAACCACCGAUACGAUUGUCGACGACGAAAGGAGUUUCAUAUUUUUACUGUGCCACCAUUGGUGCGAUGACGACCUGGACAAUCAGUGGCAAAAAGUGCCCGAACGUGUGCCGUACAAAAAUAUAGUUUUCGGGUUGUUCGUAAACGAAAUGUUGUUGCAGUUAAUAGGAAACGUAUUGAUCAAGGGCACCGAUAAAGCUAUUCCGAGUCUGGCAAACAUUCUCUUACAAUCGUCCCUGAUGACACCGAUGGACGAUAAAGUGUCUAAAUGUUUGGAUCGUUCGGAUAUGCCCGGCUAUUUAUCAGUAUUGACCGAAUUGCAGGUCCGCACGUUUAUUUCGUGUCUGGACAUGACGUAUGGUAUAUCGUGGGAAUUCGAUUCCAGGCCGGGUCUUAAAUUCCUCAUUCAAAAAGUGGCCGGCCUAGAAAAAGCAGCCAACCUGUACAAACAGGCCGGAGGAGCGUGGACAUUGUCGUUAGUCGCUCUUUUUGAAAUUUGUAUUCACAAAACUCGUUCGAUGAGUUCGGAUCAAAUAAAAUGUAUUGUCGAUGCGAAUACGCCGGCAAACAACACGGAUCGGUUUGUCCUCGAUCUGAAACGUAUAUUCGAUGACGCCUGUGAGAAAUACGUUGAGAUAGUGAUGGACAAAAACGGCACACACUGUGCCGUCGACAGAGCCGGGGACAAGCCAGUGUUCUUUUUUGUGGCGCAAAACGAUGACUUAUUCGAAACUAACGGCAAUGCAGCGGGUUUCAAAUUUGAAGACUUCAAGAAAAUUUAUCCGAACGCUCCGUUAACAGCUAAAACUGAAGACAGCGAAAGCGAUGAAGACGACGCCGUGUACUCGUUGGCUAGUUGCAAAAAUUUAGAUAACCUAAUCGAAGAAUAUAAAAAGAGAAAAAAUGCAAAAUCCAUGCCCGGCCAGCCUGACGUAGUAGAAAAAAGCGAAGACAGUUUACCACCAGAAGUGGAAGAACAAAGGCAGACUAGUAUAAGUAAAGACAGCGAAGUACACGAGUCUGUGUGGUCCGAGAUGUUGAUUUCGGUGUUUGAUAUAGUGUCGCAAUUGGACGAUGACUCGUUUAGAAUAUUACUACCUGUAUUGUUCAACGGCGUCAGAAUAUUAACAGCGUCGGCCACGAGACCUAUUUUGAAACGCACCUUAUCCGAAUUUUACCACAGAGUGGCCAUAAUUUACGGAUUUUGUCAAUAAGUACCUUCAUCUGUUAUGUAUACAUUUUAAAGACACGGACUGGUCGGAUUAAAUUUUCAAUAACUAAUUAGAAUAAUAAUCAAUAAAGAGAUAUUAAUAUGAUAAAUUAAACGUUAGAGACCUCAAACUUACCGUUUUAAAUAUUAUCAUUAACUUCAAUAGUUAAACUUUUAAUAUAUAAGACUGUUGUUAAAGACAUCAAUUUAUCUAAAUGAUAAAUAUCAAAAAAGAUAUUUGUAAGACUAAUAAUUUAAUUUUUUUUUUUUUUCAAAUACUAUGUAUUUUUCAAUAAGUAAAAUGGAAUAUUUAUAACUAGAAUUUAUUUAUUGUACAAACUUAAUCAAUUAUUAUGUACUAUUUUUUAUCUAACGAAAACUUACUAUACUCAUCCUUUAAUAUAA